CGUCGGGCCAUCGGCACCCCUUCCUCAUUUUAUUCUAGUCCUUGGACUUGUCGGUGCAACACACCCACCUCACCGAGCGGUACCGUAGCACAUGCUGCGGAGAACUCGAUAGUGUUGGAUGGCACUGACAUCGGUUUCAAUGAUUGUACGACAUUUACGCCAGACGCUGUCAAAUUUGGAUUCGCUUCCGAGCUCAUUCCUUAUCGGCUUUCCUUCAUACACACCGGCAAUCCGAAUACUUACAAGCGAGUAGUACACUGGAUUCAACCCAGUCCGGAUGGUCCAGAUGCAGGAUCUGUAAGACUCGAGUGGUGA